UCUUAGCGGGGCUGCAUCAUCCGGCUGAACUAUAAGAAGCGUGAGGGAACUCCAGGAAGGCACCAUCCGGUCCAGAUCUUCCUGCCGUACAGGUCUACUCCACUCAGCAGCCAUGAAACUCUCCCUCAUCGUCGCCGUCGCCGUGCUCGCCCUGGCACACGGAAGCUUCGCACAGGAUGCUACUGAUCUCCAGAAGAUCGGUCAGUACUUCGAGGAGUUGAAGAACAAGAUGACCCAGGACGUGACUGAGUUCCUUCGCAGCCAGGACCUGACCAACCAGGCUCAGAACAUCCAGACCCAACUGGAACCCCUGGCCACUCAGGUGCAGGAGCAGCUGAAGACUGCCGCCGCCAGCGUCGAGGAGCAGAUCAAGCCCAUGGCCGCCAGCGUGCAGGCUCAGAUCCAGCCCAUGGUCACCGAGUUCCAGAAGCAGAUGGAGACCAUGUUCCAGCAGCUGACCGAGCAGGCCAAGGCCAUUGCCAACUAAACCAAUUGUCCUUUAAAAAUGCAAAAAGAUGCAAAUGUGCCUCUGUACCAACAUCUCCUCAGUCGUGGACCGAGUUAACACAGAGCUACUUGCAUUUCAAGGCUGGCCUGAAAGUGCAGGCAGAUAACACCUGCCUAAAAUGUGUUUUUAGUGAUUGUUAACAGUGAC